CCAACUGUUCACAUAGUAGACCGUCCCCCACUCACAUCUUACAAGCCUCUCAAAAACAUUCCCUUUUUCUUCUUCUUCUACAAAGCUGCAUCAUCACACACACACUCUCUCUCUCUCUCUCUACUUAUUUCAACUGCAUCCUUUUAUCAUCAUCAUCUUCUUCUUCUCUUCAUCAAUCCAUGGACACAACUCAGUGCCCACAGGAGAUAGUAGCAACAAAAAAUACAUGUGAAAAAGCAAUGUUAGAGAGAAAAGCAAGACCACAAAAAGAAGAAGCUAUAAACUGUCCAAGGUGUAAUUCAAUUAACACAAAAUUCUGUUACUACAACAAUUAUAGCCUCACACAACCAAGAUAUUUUUGCAAAACAUGUAAAAGGUAUUGGACUCAAGGUGGAUCUCUUAGAAACAUUCCUGUUGGUGGUGGUUCAAGAAAAAACAAAACUACUACAACAACUUCUAAUUCAUCAAAAAACCUACCUCAAACUUUGUUGUCACAACAAAACCACAAGAUCCAUCAUGAAGAACAAAAACAAGAUCUGAAUUUAAGAUCUUGUGGUAACAUAACUGAUUUGAUUCAACAAAACAACAACAAAAGUUCUGUUUCUUCAUCAACUUCAACUACAACUAUUGAUCCUAUUAGUGCUGCUUCAACUUCUCAUCAUAAUCUUUCAGCAUUGGAGCUUCUUACUGGAAUAACUACAAGUUCAAGGGGUUUGCAAUAUUCUUUUAUGCCUCUUAUUCAAGGUGAUAAUUCCAACAAUGUUUACAGUAAUAAUUGUGGAUUUCCAGUUCAAGAUUUUAAGCAAGUGCCAAUGAAUUUUUCUUUGGAUGGAAUUGGAGGAAGUGAGUUUGCAAGUGUUGAUCAUCAUCAUCAUGGUGUGGAAGAGAGUAGUGAAGGGAGGGUUUUGUUUCCCUUUGAGGAUUUGAAACAGGUUUCAAGUACCAACCUAACAUUGGAUCAGAAUAAUAUUAAGGAUGAACAAGGUUAUAAUUCAAGUGGGUUUUGGACUGGAAUGUUGGGAGGAGGAGGAGGAGGAGGCUCAUGGUAAUGGUAAUUAAAAUUACGAUUACACUGCAAAUCUUUAUAUCACAAUUGAUGUUGCGAACUGCAUUUUAAAACUAUGAUAUCAUGGUGCUCACUUAAUUUCUUAACUCAAUGUCUACUAAUUGAGAAAGUUGAAUUGUCUACAUAAAUUAGUAAAAACAUUAAAUUAAUAUUUGAUUUUAGUGUCUUUUAAUACUUAAUGAUGAAAAUAGAUAUGAAUUUUAUAUUUUUGGAGUUUAA